GUAAACGGGUAAAGUAUGACCGUUAGUUCUCCUUGCCCCCCUUCCCCCUUUUUUUUGUCUACCAUCCGCCUUCCUUCGUCGGGAUAUGGGUAGCUACAUAAAGGUAUUAGGUACUUAGGUACAUCAUGUACGUAUUGAGGGAAAGUCCAUGUUGUAUUUGAAUAUAACUUCAAUCUUCGUUUUAACUCAUUCACUUACAACUUACUUACCUACCUACUUAUCUACUUACUUAUCUAUUUACCUAUUUACCUAUCUAUUCAACACGUUACGUUGUCAUACGAUAGUUGGAUUUUAAGGCACUUAUGAAAACGACUAUACAACGACUGUUCGCGAUACCAAUAUGUCCCGACCAGACCUAUCCAAGAAUCGUUCAAUGGCGAUUCUAAACAAUGCGCGCGAUGGCGGGUAUGCUGUACCAGGCAUGUGUUGCUACAAUAUUGAAUCGAUAAUCGCCACGGUUCGCGCAGCAGAGGCGGCCAAGUCUCCGGCAAUGGUCCUGCUCUUCCCUUGGGCCAUAGAGUAUGCCGGUGCAUCUCUCGUACGUGCCGCUGCCGAUGCUGCACACACAGCCAAAGUCCCGGUCAGUUUACAUCUAGACCAUGCCCAGACGCCGGAACUUGUUCGUCGCGCCGCCGAUAUUGAAGGCGCAUUUGAUAGCAUCAUGUGCGAUAUGAGCCACUACGAAAAAGAGGAAAACUUGGCACUCACUCGUGAGCUGGUCGCAUACUGCCAUGACCGGGGAAUCGCAACAGAGGCCGAGCCAGGGAGGAUCGAAGGUGGUGAAGAUGGCGUAGCUGAAACCGCUGACUUAGAAGCUAUCCUCACCACCCCGGAACAAGCCGAGGAAUUUGUAGCGACCGGUAUUGAGAUGCUAGCGCCCGCCUUUGGGAACGUGCAUGGAGAAUAUGGACCGCGGGGCAUUCGCUUAGAAUAUGAUCGUUUACAAUCGAUCAAUAAGGCGGUCGGCGAUAAAGUGCGUCUCGUCUUACACGGCGCCGACCCCUUCACCCAAGAAAUUUUCAAUAAUUGCAUAGAAGCCGGCGUUUCCAAAGUCAACAUUAACAAGGGUAUGAACAAACAUUACGCCGCCGUGCAGGAAGAGAUGCGUGGAAAGCCUCUCACGAGCGUCAUCGAAGCGGGUACGGACAGGAUGCAGGCUGCCAUAGAGCAGUAUAUGCAUUGGCUCGGCAGCGCCGGUAAGGCGUAAGUACCUACCUAGGAGGUAAGUAAGGGAUGGAUGUUGUGGGAUGUCUCGGAAUGUCUCUCGUUUAAAUAAGCCAGUCUUACUGUGCUAUCUUAAAAGGGAUAGGAGGGAGUAUGGGUAGUCCGGUCAUAAAUACCUAGAAGCCGAGAAGCUGACG